CAUGGAGCUGGGCAGCUGCUUCAAAACCUACGAGGACUUCAAGGAGUGCUUCAGCGCCUACAAAAAGGAGAACAGGUGCUCCUUCAUUCUCAGGGACUGCGUCUCCGUCCGCUUCCACAACCUCAACCACGGCACGUCAAUCCGCGAGGACAUCCUAUACAUGCAGGUGAAAUUUGUCUGUAUUCGGACCCAGUCAAACAGGAAGAGAACAUCAGAGGCAGACAUGUGCCCAGCAUACUUGCUCCUGCGGUACAAUGAGAAACUGGAUCGACUAUUUAUUAGUGAACUCAACACCCAGCAUGUCCAUGUUGAUUCCAAAACUGCAGGACCCAGAGGAGACACCACUGGCAAACCUCAAAAGACCAUGUACCUGCAGAAACCCCAGCCUGAGCAGCCUGCAACCAAGAAAGACCUUGACCUAGCCAAGAAGUCCCCCGUUGAACCAUCAUUUUGCUUAGACAAGGUCCAAGCACCCUCAAAGCCAGAGCAGGAGGGCAUCACUCCUUCUGACCUGGCCAAGAUAGCAAAAGUGAUGAAAAACUUUCUUAAGGUGGAUGAGGGUUCCAUGGCCUCUCUCAGCGUGGGCAACAGCCAAGACCUGGACCGGCUCAGCUUCCAGAGCAGCAAGAUGACCGAUCUGUUUAUCCGCUUCCCAGAGAAUCUCCUGCUACACCGCGUGGAGAACACCCAGGGCCACAUCCUCUAUGCUUUCUUGGUGGAGAACAAGGAGCGAGAGGGUCGAGUGGUACACUUUGCCGUGCUCAAGGCUGAGACAGCUACCUCCGUGGCCAAGAUGCUGAGUAUCUUCACAGAGUUCAACACAGACUGGCCCAAGGUCAAGGUGGUCUUUGUGGACCCGUCCUUCCCCCAUCGAGCCAUCCUGCAGGAGAUCUUCCCUGCUGCCCGCAUCCUCCUGUCCAUCUACCACACCACCCGGCUCUUGGAGAAGAAGUUGCAUCGUAGUUCGGCAAAUCCAUCCUUUAAAAGGCUCAUGAAGGAAGCCCUGCGGGAGGCUGUGUUUGUCACUUCUGAUGCCAGCCUGCAAAAUCUCUGUCAGAUGUCCCAAGCCCUACUGGACGAGGAGCUCUUCAGCUUCCUGCAGGCCCACUGGUUCUCCUGUGAGCUGCUGUGGUACAUGCACGUGAGGAAAGGCCUGCACGCGUGUAACACGUACAUGGACAGCCUAGACGUUGUCACCAGCAAGGUGUCCAGCCUCUUUCGGGAACAGCAGUCCCUGCUGGACUGCAUCCUCCGCUUUGUGGAUUAUAUAGACUUCUUUAAUACCAAAGGCUUGAAAAACUUGCCCACAGCUCCUCCCAAGUUAAAAAGAGCCCGACCAGCCAGCAUGCCGCCAAAGUCCAAGAAGGCAUUCGGAGUCUGUGGGGGGAGCCUCACCAGGCUCCCUGUGGAAAAGACAAAGCCAGAGCCACAGCGGGCGCCGUUGCAGCAGCAGCCACAGGUGCAGCCCUCCCAGGAGGGCAUGCUAGACACCUUGCACGGGAGUGGCUCUGAACUGGCCUAUAAGCUGUGCCACAAUGAGUGGGAGGUGGUGCAGAACUCCACCCACCUGGUGGACGUGGCUGGCUCCUCUGUGGACAUUCAGCUACUAGAGGAUUCUCACCAGGUGAGCAAAGAUGGCUGUAGCUGCAGCUGUUCCUUUCAACAGUGGUACCACCUGCCAUGCCGGCACAUUUUGGCCCUGCUGCACACCAGCCAGAAGCCUGUGGGUGAAGCCAUGGUGUGCCGCCGGUGGCAGAAGAGGUACCAGCACCUCCUUGGGCCCAGUGGGGAGCUCCGGGACCCUGUUGCGGUCCCGAACACAGGCCAGCCUGGGAAGCAAGGACGGAGCGACGUGAUUCAGGACCUCAGCAGGGAGCUGGCAAACCUGCUAAUGCAGAGUGAGGGGCCAGAGCUGGAGGAGCGCUGUUCCACCCUGCGCAAGAUUGUGGACAUCUGGGCUGACCCCUGCCAGCCGCCCGAGCCCAGUCAGCAGCCGGAGGACUUCAAGGAUGUGGGCCGCCUCCCUUUCCUCUGGGGAAAGCAAGAGGAAGGGGAGGGGCUCCCGCUUGCUGGAGCCACGAUUCAUGAUUAA